AUGCAUCUCCACAUAUCGUCCACGUUGUUAUUGCCGCUGGGCUCGUUGGCAUCUAUUGCCAGCGGCAAGUUACUCAAACCACAAACAAACACAUUCAGCUCCAACUUCACUCUCACCGAUGAGCAAAUUGCCACUCUGAACUUGUCAUCCUCCGCAGCCAACAAUAUCAAUGUUGCUGCGCAAUUUGAACGCUCCAACUGGGCCACCGGUUCCGUCUUUGGCGAUCCGUUUUACACCCAUCUCCCGCCAAACGCCACAUCCGCCGCCGCCGGCUCCGUCUUAAAAGCCCAAGAGUUCAUAAACACGUCCACUUACACGCUCGCCCCAACGCUCGCCCUGUCGCGCAUCGUAUACCAAUCCAAGACUCUAAACGGAACCCUCGUGCCGGUAUCAGCAUAUAUCCUGUGGCCAUACAUGCCCCGAGGAGGUGGUUUGGUCGCACCUCUUGUAUCUUGGGGCCACGGCACCACAGGCAUAUACGCAGAAUGCGCACCAUCUCACAUUCGCAGCCUCUCGUUCCACUUCUCUGGCCCGUACAGUCUUGCACUAGCUGGCUAUGCCGUCGUGGGAACAGAUUACGCUGGCCUUGGAGCUCCAUUCUACCCUGAUGGCAAGAAUAUUACCCACGAAUAUGGGCAUCGCCAGCGGCGGGCAACGACCUGCUAUACGCCGCCCAAGCUGCGCACGCAGCUUUUCCACACCGGCGGUGCUGCUGCUUGGGCUGCGGCUCAGCAACAGGUCGACGCAAAAGUCCCUGGGUUCAUGGGCAGCAUCGCGGCGGCUCCGGUGACGAAUUCCUUCGAGUUCUUUACCACACAGAGCAAGAUUGGGCUCGUUCAAGCGGCUCAGGCAAUUCGUCUGGUUUUUCCCGAGAUUCCCAUCUCAAGCAUUCUGACUGAUGUGGGUGAGAAGUUUGUCGAUCUGAUGGGCAUAAUACAGAGCUGCAACUCUGUGUUUGCAACCGCAGCCAUGGAGCUGGCUGGAACGGACUUUUUACACCCCAAGGUGAAUCUGACUAGAGACGAGUUUGUCAAUUCGCACUAUUCAAAACUUUGGGCGGACCUUACCGUUGCUGGAGGCAAGGACUUCCAAGGGCCUAUGCUCGUGCUGCAGGGAACAGCUGAUCAUAUCCUUCCUGAAACCUUGACCGCCAAAUACGUCAACAAGACGUGCGAGAAAUACCCCCAAAAUGAACUGCAAUAUGUAAAGGUCAACAGCGCCGGCCAUGUGUCUGUCGUAUAUGCCACGCAACAGAUCUGGCUCGAGUGGCUGGAUCAGCGUUUCUCAAAACGCGGUCGUUUUGAUAGAAAGGGCACCUGCAGUCAACAUGAAGUUGGUUCAACAGCUCCUCGGCCUCUAGAAGAGUACCAGGGCGAACCGAACUAUUUUCUAGAAUAUUCUUUAGAUUCUUACCAGGUUGCAUAA